AUGGCCGAACGCCCUCCCACGUCCGAUCCGACUCCAUUGGCAGAGGAAAGACCCGCAAACACCAAUGUCGAUGUUGACUCCGACAGCUACGACUCUGCGUUGGACGGGAUCUCCGCUUUUAGUGACACAGCAUCUCUUGCGUCGAGUAUCGUUAAGUACCGGGUUGAGAAUGGCCGGACUUAUCACGCCUACAAGGCUGGAUAUCAGCAACACCACCUAGCACUUCUCACGUUGAACGGUCAACUUUUUAUCUCACCGGUAGGGAAAGACAAGAAGAUGAAACGUGUUCUGGAUGUCGGAUGCGGCACUGGAAUCUGGUCAAUGGACUUUGCUGAUGAGCACCCUGAAUUCGAGGUCCUUGGUGUCGACCUCAGUCCUAUUCAGCCAACCUUUGUUCCGCCGAACGUCUCGUUUUUCGUCGACGAUAUCGAGGAAGAGUGGACCUACACCACUCCUUUUGACUUUAUCUACCUCCGUGCCAUGACAGGGUCGAUCCGUAACUGGCCCAAGUUCUUUAGUCAGGCCUAUCAGAAUCUCUCUCCUGGUGGGUUAAUCGAGCUCAUGAACCCUAUUUAUCCCGUGACCAGCGACGAUGAAACGGUAUCAAAAGACUCUGCUGUAUACAAGUGGAGUAGCUUGAUGAAUGAGGCAGCUACAAAGAUGGGUAGCGGCCUUGAUUCUGGUCUACGCUACAAGGAUCAGCUCAUACAAGCUGGCUUCGUCAAUGUCGUGGAGACGCCGUACAAGUGGCCGAUGAACACCUGGCCAAAGGAUAAGAAGACUAAGGAGCUAGGAGCUUGGGGGAAUGUGAACCUUGUGGGAGGAGCCCAGGGGUUGAGCCUGGCUCUGUUUACCAAGGUGCUGGGAUGGAGCCCUGAGGAGCUUGAAGUUUUCCUUGUCGACGUUCGAAAAGACUUGUGCGAUAAGAAGCUCCAUGGUUACUGGCGAGUGCUAGGCAUGAAUCACUGCAUCUACAAGCAUACGAAUUGA